UGAGGAGCAGGAGCAUAAAUAUCAAUGUUUCACACACUAGAAUGCCGAAAAUGUAUGGUAAUUCCGAAAGACCGACGCCUGCCAGUCCUUGUGUGGAUGACGUUGUAUGAUUCUAGAAAUCCGAAGAGAAUUGAUCGUCGAGACCAUGGCGCUGGGGUCCUGGGGAAUGGGAGCAUGGCUGGAGCCCGGAAAGUGGCUUCCGCAGGCAGAGAAUGUCGGUGAUAUGCCUCUAGGGAUCGCCCCCCGCCGGCGUGGAACGUGCGGCGAUCUGUCCUACAGAUCUGGAUCCAACGGAUACGCUCAGCGUUGCGGAGAAGUGAAAUCAUCCCAUUCCAGCCCCAGUCUUGGCUGCUGCUGUGGGCGCAUUUUAGGAUACUGGUUUCCGACGCGGACGAACCUCGGGUUCACGCACGGCCCGUCGUCGUCCAAAGAGAUUCCCUUCAUUGCUAAACUUAUGUCUUCUGCAAUCUCUUUGACUGUAUGUCGUGGCGAUCGUGACAAUGAUCGCUGGACUUUGAUCUUCCUGUCCUGAUUCUCGUCACGAUCUCAGCACUCCUGGGCGCACCCACGAUCGCUGCAAGGUCGGAUUUCAGUCUGCCAGUCGCGCAUACUGAGACAGUGUCCCUGGAAAGUGGAGCUGAUGGCAACGGGGUCGACGGCUAUCGAACAAUAAGCUUCCCGCA